CAGACGAAGGUGCUAAGUCUGAUGCAAUGGAAAACGAUCUGUUUCAGCGGCGGAGUAAGCUUGCCACUGCUGGCGUUGCGGAAUCUGUAGAGCAGGAACAGGAGGCAAAAGUUUUAGUCUUAUAUUCUGGAGGAACGAUUGGCAUGAGAACAAACCAAAGUGGAGUGUAUGAACCGGAAUCAAAUUUUAUGAUCCCCGAGCUGAAGAAGUUACCAAUAUUUCAUGACAAAUCUUAUGCUGAGAAGCAGCUUAUGGAGGAAGAAAAAGAUCUGCUUGUAAUGCCACUGAUGAGGAGUGGACGUCGAGUGAAAUACCAUAUAAAGGAGUACAAUCCUUUAUUAGAUUCCAGUAACAUGACCAUGAGUGACUGGUCCAAAAUAGCCAAUGAUAUCUCAACAUACUAUGAUGAAUACGAUGGAUUUGUCGUCCUCCAUGGAACCGACACGAUGGCCUACACGGCCUCUGCCUUGUCCUUCAUGUGUGAGAACCUUGGUAAACCAAUCAUCCUGACAGGGUCACAGAUUCCAAUUUUUGAGGUGAGAAGUGACGGUCGAGACAACUUCCUGUCAGCACUGGUGGUCGCAGGACAAUUCUGUAUACCAGAGGUUUUAGUGGUGUUUGGGAACAAAGUUUUGCGAGGUAACAGGACGAUUAAGAAUGACUCGGGUAGUUUUGACGCUUUCAUAUCACCUAACAUAGCUUCUAUAGCAGAGCUGGAGACGGACAUCACAGUUGACUGGUCCCUUGUGUUUCGAAGUGGUACUACGGAAAAGUUCCGUAUCCACAGUGAGAUGUGUACCAAUGUGGGUCUGUUACGGUUGUUCCCUGGAAUCUCUGUACAGCUGGUGCGGUCCUUUCUCCAGCCUCCUAUGCAGGGAGUGGUGCUACAGUCCUAUGGGGCUGGUAACGCCCCUGACAACCGUCCUGAGAUUCUAAAAGUCAUCGAGGGAGCUAUCAAUUUAGGAGUAAUAAUUGUAAACAUUACACAGUGUACACGAGGAUUCGUAGAUGCUACUUACGCUACAGGGAAGGCGCUGUAUGAUAAGGGCGUGAUACCAGGGGGUGACAUGACAGCAGAAGCAGCCCUCACCAAGCUUUCCUAUGUACUCAGUAAAGAUGACUGGAGUAUUAAACAAAAAACUAAGAUGAUGAAAAGAAAUCUCCGUGGAGAAGUGCGUUCCAUCCACAUUGAGGAUAUUUCCUUACUGGACUUUGAAUUGAUUGACUGUGUAGCUAAGGCGCUCAGUAUUAGCACAAAGGAAGAAACGUUAAAACUGCGAGAUGCACUUUAUCCCAACUUAAUGUGUGCCGCAGCCAAAAGUAAUGAUACUGAGGCUCUCGAGAGAUUAAGAUCCACAGGUGGCAAUUUGUCUGCUGGAAACCAAGAUGGCCGAACAGCUCUGCAUGUGGCAGCUAGAGAAGGCCAUCUGGCAGUGGUUCAAUAUCUCCUCCACCAUGGGGCAACAAUCCACACGAAGGACCAACAUGACCACACUCCCCUUAACGACGCCAUCAUCAGUAAAGACCAUCAAAUUAUAACUCUGCUUGUCCGCACAGGCGCUCAUCUCACCAUGCAUCCAAUACGCAUCGCCAUGGAGCUCUGCAGUGCCGCAGCCCGAGACGAAGUGAGUACACUACAGGCCUGGAGGGCUGCUGGAGCUGACCUCAACGUGUCUGAUUACGACAAGAGAACGCCUCUACAUGUGGCAGUCAGUACCAAGAAGCUGAAUUCUGUUCGUUACUUAUUGGAAAAUGGUGCUAGGUGGGACACGGAGGACAUUUUUGAAAACACAGCAGAGAUGCAGGCCAAGAAAACAGGAUGCGAGGAAAUUCUUAAACUUAUAGAACAAAAGAGCCGUGAGGAAAAAGCUGGAACUUCUAAUUCUUAGAUGUAAUAUCUUAUCAAAUAUAUGAGCAAAGUGAGAAAUUAAGAGAGACUAACUACGUGUUAUUUACUUCACAUAUGUACAUAUGUAAGGUUCACAUAUGUAAUAUUCACAUGUAAGAUUCACAUAUGUAAUAUUCAAAUAUGUAAUAUUCACAUAUGUAAUAUUCACAUAUGUAAUAUUCACAUAUGUAAUAUUCACAUAUGAAAGAUUCACAUAAGACAUGGGGGACACACAUUGCAGGUGUCCAUUUUUACCAACCAGAUAGUCCAGAAACUGGAAGGCUUUAAAAUCCAAUCUCAGAGGUGCACUAAAGCAAACCAUUAGUUCUAAAUUAAAUUCAUUGACCAUUUUCAGAUGGUAUUCUGAAAUGUAACAAUAUUAUUUUACUGUGAUAGCCAUGAUCUUGUUCAAUCCUUUUAUCAGGGAAAAAUAUUGUAAAUGUUCUUGUUUUUUAGCGUUAAUAUUUAAGCAUAAAUCAAAACCUAAAUGAAUAUAAACCUGCGCCAAUUAGCAUAAUGAUGAAUUGGUGUUACCACAAUACUCAUGGCCAUAGAAAACAAUAUACAGUAAUUACCUGAAAUUCAUAUAAUAAGUAUUUUGCAGAAUGCUUUAAAGCAGGAAAUUAAAGUGCUAGAAUAUAAUUUAAUAUUAGAUAUGUUCCGAUUUUCCUCAAUUCUCAUUGGCUAAAACGUGGUCAGCUGGAGGUCAUUAUUUUGUGAUAUCAACUCAAUGUUUCUAUUUUUAGAAACACUGAGUUAAUAUAGUGUUUAUGACAUAAUUAUCAUUGUGACGUUACAAUUAAUAAAAUUUCCUGCUAUCAAGAUAAAUAUAAUUUGAUUCCACCCUUCUACGAUCAAGUUUCACAUCUAAUAUGAAAAUUAAGGACCUUUGAUUUGGUCAGUAUCUAAAAUAUUGACGGCUUUGUCCUCGGUCAAUAUUUGAUUCUACCAGGUUAGUAUAACAUUAUAUUGACCUCAUGAAAGGUCCAUAAUUGAUAAAUGUCUCUUUUCACAUUUGAGAUUACAGUUACUGUGGUUUUUCAUGCCAAAACACUAAUUGUAUUGAUUAUAAUGUACAUCAGGGAAAUAAGUGAUUCCUCUAGAUUUGUGCUUUGAAGCAUUUUAAAUACAAACUGUAAUUUGAUAUGUCGUUGUAUACAAAAUAUGUGCAGGUCGCAUUCUGAUUUGGUCAUGGUCAAUUUAUUUUUCCAGAGUUAUAGCCAUUUAAGUACAGGUAAUUAAAAAUUUUCACAAAUAGUAAUGCCAAAUACUUUUUAGGAAGAGCCUUAUUACUUCAAAACAAGAAAAUCCCAGAAAAAAUGCUUAAAAAUAGUGUAAAAUCUUGAUUCGAGGGAACAGUCUGUAAAAAAUAUUGACAGUUUCAAUGGUGCAACAUAUAAGUGACUUCACCUUAAAUAAAAUUUUAACCAGGCCACCUGCUUAUUUACUUAAGCUUACCGUCCUUUGUGUAACAAUUACAGACUUGUUCUGAAAAGUCAUGAGCACACCUCUUUAACAAAUCCAACGAUAAAAAGUUCUGACUUAAAUGAGAAAUGAUGACUUAAAUGUCAUGGCUGUGAAUUAGAAUUGACAAUAUAUAUACCUCGAGGUCAUCAAUAUGAAAUGAUGGGAAAGACGAAAUUCCAAAUUUAUUUGAUUUAAACGUAUUUAUUUGUCAAAACACAAAUGGGAUUAGACACAAGUAUAAAACUUAUAAUCCGUCUUUUCCCGUAUAACAUAAAUGAUGAAAUGAACAUUCAUGUAAGAUUUCUUCAAAGAGGAGAUAACAUAUAAAAAAUAUAUCCCUUGGAAUUUGAAGAUAAUAUAAAAUAAAAUGUGGGUUUUGCAAAUGUGAAAAUAUCUGUAAUGGUACUGUCCAAAUGCAGAGAUAGUGUUUUUUUUAUAGUGUUUACAUUAAUUUAAAAGAAAUUUUUUUAAGUACAAGAUGUAGCUAAAUUUGUAUAAUGACAUAUCAUUGUGAGUAUGUUCUAAUACCACACAUGUAUUUGACCUAAUUAAUGCACUUGCAGCUAUAAGAACACCUCCAAUUUUUUCAGGAACAGAGGUUGGCUGCACUAAUGGAAACCUAAUAAAAAAGCUCCUGUAAAUUACCUCACUGAACUGCUUUAAUAUAAAAUUUUCAGUCUUUUAAUCUAUGAUCCUGGAUAGUUUUCACUACAUAAAGAUAUGUAAAUGAAAAAGAAUUGAUAUUUUUCCAUCCACAUUUCCCAGAAGAUUUUUCCAUGUGCAUAUUUUAUUAAGUGCACGUGUUUUGUGUUUUUGUAAAUGCAGUGUGCUUAUUAGGUCAAAUACGGUAAUUGUUUGGUACUUAUACAGGUAGAAUAUAAAAAGGUGUGAUCAGUAUUCACUCGUAUUGAAGGAAUAUUUAAUGUAAUGCAUCAUUUGUCUUUCAAGAGUUUAACAAAUUCAGGUGUAUUAUGUUAUAGUUAUAAGGGGAAGUAACUCCUGGUGAACAUUGUCAUCUCGGUACAUUUCUCUAUUGUUUUGUCACAUAUUGUUAUCAUAAUCAAGUGUGGACAUGAUGAUAUCAUCAUUGAGUCAUUGCCAAAAUCUUACAAGAUGUUAACAAUAAACAUGAGCUUGUGUGAGCUUGUGCCAUAUACAUGGUUUUGGUACCAAAACCUUUUUUUUUUUUUUUUUUUUAAACUGCUUUUAUCUCAUUGUAUGAACUCCUCCUAAAGUACUACUCCGAUCUUAACGAAACUUGGUAUACAUGAUCAGUAUAACAUGUAGUUGUGCAUCCCACAUUUUUUUUCUCGAAAAACCAUUUUUUUUUUAAAUGGGAAAUAAAUAGGUGCACUUCUAGCUCAGGCAGGGGAUUUUGUAUUGCUGUUGCAAUACUAUCCAUCCUUGUUUUAUUUAUUUAUUUUUGUAAUCUCAACUGAUUUGAUAUUUCUAACUCUGCCUGUCUUUCUUGCUUUGCAUAUACAUAUCCUGAGUGCUUAUAUACUUCAGUUGAGGUCUUAUGAGCUACUCCAGAAAAAUGUCUACAUGUACCUUGUGAGAUUUAAUUCAAAUGGUACCAUAUACAUGUAGUAAGCCACAUUUUCCCAAGCAUAUUUAGAAUAAACUUUUCUGGAGUCAUCCAGUAAGAUACAUAUUUAAUUGGAAUGGACUAAUUUAUCAAUCUAGAUGUAAAAAAUAAAUGUUUAAAUCAUAACUAUAUAAUUAAUUUUUUCAUGCUCUAAAUAUUGGUAUCCAUCUUAUUCCAACUUUACUGGUUCUUACAAGAGGCACAGUCUUGAUUGUUUUUUUGGUUUUUUUUUGUUACUAAUUAAACUGAUUUAAAUUGGUUUCAGUUUUGAAUUUGUAUGAAUUAAGCAUUUCACUUACCCUCAGUACAUGUAUUUUGUUGUAAUGCUGCUCAAUAUGUAUAUGGCGUUUAAAAUCUCGACAAAAUGAAAUUUUGAAAAAUUAAUAUUUUAUAGUUUUGUUUUGAGGUUCAUUGACCUCAACUUGUCAUAAAGUUGCUCUAAUGUGUUAAAAUAUCGUGAGUGUGAACCCCCUAUUUUUACCAUAAAAAAUUAAUAAUCACCAGGUACGUAUACCCUUUUUGUUGAGUUUGAACCAUGUUUUUAUCGCAUACCGGUAGUUGUUGAAAUAUAUUCUCAAGAAAGGAUGUUUAUUUUUGUUGCUAAUAAUCAUAAUUUUGUUUUGCUUGAUCAGUUCAGUUUCAUGUUUUGUUUCUAGUAAUAGCUUUAAUUUUAUUAUGCUGAACUUAUUGAAGACUUUACCAGGCUUUACUUAAAUUGUUUGAGUUUGUUGGGAUGUUAUACUUACUGAAAGUCUUACUUGCCAUUUAAGACAGUUAUGUUUGUGUCAUGUUAAGGAAAUAAACAGAAUUCACAUUAUCUAUUGAUAUCAUUAUUUUUAUUUUAG